AUGGUACUUUUUGAGAAGAGAAGGAAGAUAUCCAAGGCCCUAAAAGGAUUCAUACUACCAGCAAUAAUUCAUCAGCUAAAUGCAGCCUCAAAGGGACUGAACCAUCUGAAGGCAACUAAGGGUGGACCCAACCAAGCAGAGGUGAUAGUCAUGUACAAUGAUGAAGUUGUCAAGAGGCAUGUUGUCUACCUGGACCAACAUGAGUGUACAUGCAGAGAGUGGCAAGUGAGUGGCAAGCCCUGUCCCCAUGCACUGGCAGUCAUAACAACUGAAAGGCAGCCAAAUAUGGAGCAAUAUGUGGAUGUGGCCUACUCAGUGCACAAGUUCCAAGUAGCAUAUGCAGGAAUGAUUCCUGUCAUCACUGAUAAGAGCCAGUGGCCGGUAGUUGAGAAGGGAUUCAAGCUUCUUCCACCAAUUGGGAAGAAAAGAGGACUUGGGAGGCAAAGGAAGAAGAGGGUUAAGGGAUGCCUGGAGAGAAGUGGCAAAGCCACAAGGCAGGUUACUUGCAAGGGCUGUGGUGAAUUAGGCCAUAGAAGGACCAGUUGGAGGUGCCCACUAAGUGGCACCAAAAAAAGGAAGAGGACAAGAAAGACAAAGACCAAAAAGGGGCCAAAGAAGGGUGCUGACAAGGAGAGGUUGAACUUGGAAGCUCCACAACCACUUGAAAUGAUCAUUCCAGAGGCUGAAUCUCUGCCAAACCCUGCACCAGCCAAGAAGAUGACCCCUAGGAGGAAGCAGCUAGCCACAAAGACUAAACUUGCUAUGUUUGUGUCAUGUAUGCGGACUGAACUUGCUAUGGUUGUCAAGAGCAUAUCAGUUGUCUUGCAGUGA